AUGGCCGUCAACGAUAAGUUUCUUAUGAGCAGGGCCGAUAGCGGUGAAUUGAUAUGUCAGGCGUGCCAGGACGAGUUCAAGGUCGGCGAGGAGUACCUACAGUGUAGAGUAGAAAUGUGCCGUAAACUAUAUCAUCACGGAUGUUCUGGUAAAACCAUAAUGCUGGAGGAGAGAGAUAACUGGGUCUGCCCAGAGUGCUGCAUCAAGUAUAAGCAGGUAGGGCGCAACUGUGAGACCCCAGUGGGUACGCCUACCACUAUGAAGAACGUGAUGGUGAGGAAUAGAAGUGACGUCUCAUUUUCCACGCAGUCAUCGGGGGCUGACGGGACGCAGAUGAUGAAUGAAUUGCAACAGCUGCGCGUUCAGAUUGGUCAGUUGAAAGGAGAACUAGCUAACGCGGUUAGCACUAUUACGCGUUAUCAAGCAGUUAUUGAAGACUGUGCUGCAAAGUUCGAGGCAACAAACGAGAGACUGAUGAAUCUGGAGCUUGCUUCAGGCUGCCCUUGCCAUCAUAAUACUGCGUCUACGCCAGUACAAGUCUCAGAAGUGGAAGAGAUAAGGGAAGCUUCGAGCGAGGCUGGAGAAGGAACUCCGGUUGAGCUGGCUGUCCCUGGAGUGAAAGUGACACUUGCAAACAAUAACGAAGCUACCCGGGAACUAACUGCAGAUAGAGAUGAAGAACCGUUGGGGGAUUGGGAAGUGCAGCGUAAAAAACGACGCUCCGCCUCGUCCUGGCGUAAUAAUCUCAUGUCUUCUGACGAGAUAAACCUGGUGGCCGUUACUGAGUCUAAUUUAGACGAGUCGGUGUAUGAUGCAGAAGUGUGCGGCGCAGGUUCAGAUUGGAACAUGCUUCGGCGGGACCGUAUUGGACGAGGAGGCGGCGGGGUUCUACUGAUAUCGCGUGCGCCAUUGUGUCUAGAAAGGUUGACAUCCUAUGAAACCGAUCAGGGCGAAGACCUAUGGUACAACACAGUAACCAAUGUAAAUGGCCGAAUGUUGGAUGUAGUGUUAGCAAGCAAGGAGGUGAGGGGUGCGUUGCGUGUGCGGCAGGCAGAUUCUCAUGAAGUGCUAUCUAAAAUCGACGGGCACCAUCCGCCCAUCAUAGUCCAAGCCCAAUAUGUGCUGGCCGUGACCAACACUGCGUACAGAAGAUUGGGCUUCGUCCUGCGCAAUUCCGCGCCUCUGACAGUGGAAGCCACACGCGUGUUAUAUGCGGCACUCGUGCGUAGUAUACUCGAAACGAACGCAGUGGUGUGGAGUCCGCAUGAGAGUAAAUAUAUCCUCAUGCUGGAACAAGUUCAAAAGGCUACACUCGCGCGCGGCGCCAUCCGCUGCUGGCGGAGGGCGCCACGCGCACACGGGCGCACGCGCAGGCGCCGGUCGCGCGCGCACGCACUGCUCAACUCCGUGCUAGAAGCAUACCCGGAGUGUGAUUUGUUCGCUAGUGCAAUUGGACGAUUGAUGAUUGAAUGUAAGAAGAUGAUUGAGAGAGAGAUGCCUAAUCGGAAAGCUGUCGGAGCCGACGGAGUCCCCAUCGAAGCCUGGAAGGCGAUGGGCCCUCGUGGUGUGGGCACUUUAACUGACCUUUUUAACCGCGCACUUUUCACCAGUGAAAUCCCCGACCAGUGGAGACUGAGUAUUAUUACACCAGUCUUCAAGGGAAAGGGAUCUGUGCAAGAGUGUUGCAAUUACCGCGGUAUAAAGGUGAUGUCCCACACUAUGAAGCUCCUUGAGCGGAUUGUGGACUCCCGGAUCCGACAGGAGUGUUCUGUCUCGGAGUGCCAAUAUGGAUUCCGACCAGGACUAGGGACCAUGGACCCUAUUUUUGCCCUAAGGAUCGUCAUGGAGAAAUACAGAAGAAAGAAAACGCCUCUCCAUUUCCUCUUUCUGGAUAUGGAGAAGGCCUUCGACUGUGUUCCCCGAGAGAUGAUCUGGUGGGCAAUGAGGGCCAAAGGGGUUCCCGAGAUCUAUGUUGGCAUGAUCCGUGACAUGUACCGUGAUUCCGAAUCAAUGGUUAGAACUGCUGUUGGUGACACCAAGCCCUUCCCUAUCUCAGUCGGAGUCCACCAAGGCUCGGUUCUCAGUCCCUUCUUGUUCAGUGCGAUAUUAGAUGAAGUUUCAAACAGCAUCAGAAAUACACAUGAACAACCCCCGUGGCUUCUCAUGUAUGCUGACGAUAUCGCACUGGCAGAUGCGGACAGAGGGAGACUGGUGCGACGUGCGACUACGUGGAAGGAGUCGCUUGAGAACGGCGGUCUCAAACUAAAUGUGGCGAAGACGGAGUACAUGGCCUGCAAUAUUAAGGACCCCGCGCCAGUACGCAUAGGCGAUAAAGUUGUCGACUGUACUGACCAAUUUAAGUACCUGGGAUCCGUACUUCAUGCGUCCGGGGACAUCGACAACGACAUCAAGACUCGCAUAACGGCUGCGUGGGCAAAGUGGCGUGAGGUGACUGGUGUCAUUUGCGACCCAAAAAUGCCGGUUAAACUGAAGGGACAGGUCUAUAAAUCCAUCAUUAGACCUGUCCUCCUAUAUGGAAGCGAAGCGUGGCCUGUGCUUGAGCGGCACAAGCAGUUGCUGCGCGUCACGGAGAUGAACAUGCUCCGUUGGAUGUGUGGAGUUUCGCGGAGAGACCGCGUGAGAAACUCCCGCAUUCGCGGCAGUCUUCAUGUCCGUGACAUAGCAGACAAGCUCCAAGAAAGCCGCCUACGAUGGUACGGCCAUGUCUUACGUAAACCGGCAAGUUACAUAGGGAACAAAUGUCUUGCCAUGGCACCUCCGCCUGGCCCCGGACGAAGGGGAGCACCCAAGAAAUGUUGGCUUGAUGUCGUUGGGGUUGAUAUGCGUGUUAAUGGUCUCACUAAAAGGGAUGCAGAAGACCGUGCGAAGUGGAGGAGAAAAAGCCGGAAAGCGGACCCCGGGCUCCGAAGCGCCCGCGCUGAGGAUGCAACCGGGAAACCGUCAAGAUGAGAGA